AAAAAAAAAAAAAAAGCAACGAGAUAUUAUUAUAUGUGCUUUUUGCAUUGCGAUACCUACGAUGUGUGUAUUGUAAUAUAUUGUAUUGAACUUGAGCCUUGAGGUAAGGCGUUCCAGGCCCGGGCUUAAAGGUUAGCAAAAAGCGGGUACUUCUGUAUAGGUAUGCGCAAACACGAAGUACUAUAGUACCUAGCCUGUACCUGGUACUUUACGAACCCUUCUUUUUGGGUUUCUGCCGAGGCAAGAAGACUAACUAUCUCUGACGUUUUGCUCGGCUUUGGUUUCUUACUUUACCGACUCUGCUUCUUUUCGAUAAAGCUGUUUUCCCUUCGAGUUCCUGCUUGCUUUUCUUUGUUCUACGUAUCUGUCUCGGACUCCGGUUGUGUUGAAAGUGUAACGUGGGCGCAACAAUAUCGAACUAUUGUUGUUAUUUCGACAAGCCAACCACUUGUGGUUCUAUCGAGGGCGUGAAUUCGCGCAACAGGACAAUCGACCCUCCCGACUUAUUCGAUAGGUGCGAAGGAUAACCCCCAAGCAAAGCAAAAGAUAAAGCGAAUCGAACCGAGUAAGAAAGCAGUAGCAGUAGCACGAGCACAAGCACGAGCAGCAGCAGCAGCAGUGCCACCGCCGCCGCCAUGUCGUCGAACGACAAGCACGCCGCCGGCAUCAACGAGAAGCUGCACUCGUCGCUCCCGGCCAAAGUCGCCGACCACCUGCCGCACAUCCCCGAGAGCAAGGAGGAGCUGAAAACGGAGCUCAAGGCCGACGCCGCAGCCGCCGCGUCUAGCGUCUCGUCUCAACUCCGGUCCUUGGUAGCCGGCGGCUUCGGCGGCGUCUGCGCCGUCGUCGUCGGCCACCCUUUCGACCUCGUCAAGGUCCGCCUGCAGACCGCCGAUAAGGGCGCGUACUCCUCCGCCAUCGACGUCGUGAGGAAGAGCGUUGCUCGCGACGGGCUGAGGAGGGGGUUGUAUGCGGGUGUUAGCGCGCCGUUGGUCGGCGUUACCCCUAUGUUCGCCGUAUCUUUCUGGGGCUACGACCUCGGCAAGCAAAUCGUAACCUCCUUCUCCCCGCCCUCCCCCACGGGCGCCCUAUCCAUCGGCCAGAUCAGCGCGGCGGGUUUCUUCAGCGCGAUCCCGAUGACGGCCAUCACCGCGCCCUUCGAGCGCGUGAAGGUGAUCCUGCAGGUGCAAGGGCAGCGCCUCAAGCCCGGCGAGGAGCCCCGGUACAAGGGCGCGAUGGACGUCGUGCGCCAGCUGUACCGCGAAGGCGGCGUCCGGUCCGUGUUCCGCGGCAGCGCCGCGACCCUCGCCCGCGACGGCCCCGGCUCCGCCGCCUACUUCGCCACCUACGAGUACAUUAAGCGCCGCCUGACCCCGCGCGACCCCGCCACCGGCCAGCCCAGCGGCGACCUGAGCCUGACGGCCGUCACGGCGGCCGGCGGCGCCGCGGGCAUCGCCAUGUGGAUCCCCGUGUUCCCCGUCGACACCGUCAAGAGCCGGCUGCAGACUGCCGAGGGCCACGUGAGCAUCGGCGGCGUGGUCCGCGAGCUGUACGGGAAGGGCGGCGUCAAGGCCUUCUUCCCCGGUUUCGGCCCCGCCCUGGCGAGGGCCGUGCCGGCUAACGCGGCGACGUUCCUGGGCGUCGAGUUGGCGCAUCAGGCUAUGAAGAAGGUGUUUGGUUGAAAGGGCCCUGAGUUUUGAUUUUUUUUUUUUGAUUUUUUUUUCCUUUUGCCAAGGACCAACCAUAUGGUUUUCUUUAUCGAAGAUACCUAACCUAUUAAGUACCUAAGGACCGACGGGGUGAAAAUCUCGUGGUCUAGGUUUAGAUCUAGAUCCUAUCCCAGGCGGUGGACUUAGGAGGAAGGAGGAGGAGGAGAGUCAUUGAGCGAGCUGUUGAUCCGGGAAGAAAGAGAGAUAGGGAGAGAGAGAGAGCCUUUAACUACCUGGUACGGCUUUAUAGCUAAGGACAAGAGUUUGUAGACGAGAAACCGGUACGGGGUCGAAUCUCGAAGGCGGCAUCUGUGUUGCGCGAGCAUAGGAGUAUGGUGCUGAACUGCAUAUUCAAGGCGUUUUGUUUAUGAGGGGGUUGGAACAUUUCUAGUCGAGAUUUUGUGCUAGACAUGUCGCCCCUAUGGCUAGAAUUGAGACUUCCGCUGUUCUUGAAACAAAUCUUUAUAACUUGGGUUAACUAGUUAUAUGUAACUGUAACUAUAACUGUAAUUAUAUCUGUCUUGUUUUGUUGUUUUGUUAUUCCUACCAGGUAAUUAAAACAUUAACCCCGCUCUAUAAUAUCUCGUGUAGAGUAGUAGAUAGGCGUUUACUCCCAUGCGCCUCUAUAGGUUGAUAC